GGUCCGCGUCCAUAUUCCGCACGUCUCGCGUUGGAUGUAUGUAUAUUUAAUUUGCACACUAUUAUACAUAAGUACUGGGAACAUGUAAAAACCAAUUGCAUAACUUGCAUUUUUUACAUUGAAAAUAUCGUUCUUCUCUACUUAUAUUAUAAAUAGUGAAAGAUUGAACAUAAUUUGGACACUGCGGAACGUGUAUCGGAUCGAAUGAUUCGGAUACGACCGUUGAGUAAAUCGGACGCAUCAGCCAAUCCGCGAUCAGAAACGUCGUUUCUUCUUUUUUCGCGUUUUCUUAGAAUUGGUGGUGAGCGCCGAGUGGCGACAGGCGAAGUAUGUACCUAUGUACAAAGAAAGUGACAACCAGAGAGUGUAUCAACAUUGACUUAUUAGUGUGAGUUUUUAUAUUUUCUAAAAUUUGAACAAAAGGCCGAAACAAACGCUAGUGAAGGGGAAUAGUAGAGUAGCUCGACAUUUUGACAGGCUGCAUGAUCAGUGUUCGUUGCGGUAUAAGCGGGGAACUAUAUACAUGUAUAUACAAGUUCGCGGAAUUGACUCGGCGGCUCGGCGCUGCACGCAUUGACGCAUCCUACGCCUACCUACACAGUGAAAAAACCGCGUAUCCCGUGUGCUAGUGUGCGGUGGACGGCCGGCAAGGUGUAAUAAACGAACACGUGGUGCCUGUCGUUGCACGUCAAGGCUUUUCAUAAGCAGCGUAUGCUUUGUUUUUCUUCGAUCGUCGUGGACGAAAAAAGUUCUGCGCGAUGGCCACCGAACUGAUGGAGAAGAUCCUGGACCGCCUUUCCAAGCACGACGAGGUCGACUCGCUGGAUUUGGCCCAGAACUUCGGUGUCGAUCACCAGAAGAUCGUUGGAGCUAUCAAGAGCUUGCAAGCCUUUGAGGAUUUAUUAAAAGUAGAAUCUAAGAGUCGUAAGGAGUGGGUUCUAACGGAGGAGGGUCAACACGUGCUUGAAAACGGUAGCCAUGAAGCUGCCGUGUUCAACGCUAUACCAGCUGAUGAGAACGGAGCCAAACAAGCCGAUAUUCUUUCUAAAGUUCCUUUUGCCAAAGUUGGUUUAUCCAAAGCUCUAGCGGCACAAUGGGUUGAGCUGGUAAAGAGUAAAAAUGACACCUUUAUUAAGAGAAAAGUGCCUUCUAUUACGGAUCAAAUUCAAAAACAUCUGAAGGAUCUACAGACUUUAUCUGAUGACUCGAAAAAAGAGUACAAAAAAAGAAAGUUAAUCAAGGAAAACAUUAUUAAAAUAAUGGUACUUCAAAAAGGAGAAAACUUUUCCACAAAAAUUGAAAAACCAGAAGCUGAUCUUACUGCCGAUUUAUUGGUAAACGAUGCAUGGAAGGAAAAGAAAUUUAAACCUAUCAAUUUAGAUGCUCUAGGUGCACCACUGGAUGUCGGUCAUCUGCAUCCGUUACUCAAAGUUAGGACAGAAUUCCGAAAGAUAUUUCUUGAAAUGGGUUUUCAAGAAAUGCCUACUAAUAAUUACGUAGAAAAUUCUUUCUGGAAUUUUGAUGCUCUAUUCCAGCCUCAACAGCACCCAGCUCGAGAUGCGCACGAUACCUUCUUUAUAUCAGACCCUGCUGCAAGCACAUCUUUCCCUGAAGAUUAUCUCAAAAAGGUCCGUAAAGUUCACAGUGAAGGAGGCUAUGGUUCACAAGGUUACGGUUAUGAUUGGAAAAUUGAAGAAGCUCAGAAGAAUUUACUAAGAACGCAUACGACAGCUGUCAGUGCUCGUAUGCUGUACAGGUUAAUGAAAAAGGGUAAAUUUGAACCAGUAAGAUAUUUCAGUAUUGACAGAGUAUUCAGGAAUGAAACCUUAGAUGCCACACACUUGGCAGAGUUUCAUCAAGUUGAAGGAGUUAUAGCAGAUUAUGACCUCACUCUUGGUGAUUUGAUCGGUACACUUUAUGAAUUCUUCAGCAAGCUUGGUAUUACAAAGCUUGAAUUCAAGCCAGCUUACAAUCCAUACACCGAGCCUAGUAUGGAAAUAUUCUGUUUCCAUGAAGGUUUGGGCAAGUGGAUUGAAAUUGGAAACAGUGGUAUUUUUAGACCAGAAAUGUUACUGCCAAUGGGAUUGCCAGAAAACGUUAACGUGAUCGCCUGGGGUUUAUCGCUUGAGAGGCCUACGAUGAUCAAAUAUGGCUUGAACAAUAUAAGAGAUCUGGUUGGGCCGAAGGUCGAUCUGCAAAUGGUCCAGGACAAUCCGUUAUGUCGACUAGACAAAUGCGAAGUCUCGGCAGCAGGCUCGAGGCAGGCCGAGGGUGAAACCUUUUCUGACGAAUCGCUACUAGCGAGAAACCAGCGAACAUCCAGUACCAAUCCCAUCGCCGAAGAUGUCGUAGUGUUCUGCGAUCCAUCGCGGAUGCCUUACUUCAUGAAGCCUCUUCUCGACCUCUUGAGACAAAUCUUUGCCGUGCGGGCGAGUGUCCACCGGCAUUCGUCGCUGUCGAGUAAUAACGCGAGUUCUCAGGAGCUGCGCAGUUUCUCCGAGAGCUUGACGAGUGCUCCAGUGGAUACUUCGUUACCCGAGCUACGAUUCGUACUCAUUUGGAGGCGAGACGAGGCUGUCUGUAUCAGUCUGAGGUAUGGUGCUGGUCACGAGAUAGCAGGACAGGUGAACGUGGCACGUUGCCUGGCGAGACUCGUAGAGCAGAGACGGCCUGAAUUGCUGAGGUACGAGAGCCUCGGUGCUGCUUACGCCAACCAGGUUGAUUCGGUGCUCAGGAGGCUACAGGAGAUCGAACCGUUUGACAAGGCUAGAUUGGAGGCACUGUGUAAGAAGGAGAAGGCGCAUAGAAAGUCAAAGUACUUUUUCGGGGAUGAAAUGAGUGUCAUUGAUGUCUUUUUGGAGGCAUAAGGUGGAAACGACUUUUCCAAAUAAAAUUUUUAACGAGCUGUCAGCUUUCGCGUUUAAUGAUGGAGGCUAUGAAUUUUUUUUCAAAUUCAAAUUGAUAUUUCUGAACUUGAUACUUUUUACUUUAUAAAAAAUGUUGGAUUGAAUUCAAUCAAUCAACUUUCAGACAAAGUAAUCCUACAUUCUAUGUUAAUCAUAAACUAUAGAACUUUGCCGUGAAAUAAACCAGUGUGAUAUCGAAGCAUCGACGUUUGUACUUCAAAUGUUUUCUUUCACUUUUUGUCGACACUUGUAGUUGCGGAUGUCAAAUUUUUAUAAAUUCAACUUGGUCUCUAGUAAAAGUGCGCAAUGCGUCAUUCAUCUUAAAAAGUGCAUUAUUGUGAUCUUCUCGCACAAUAUUUCGAAGCAAAAAUAAUGGAUUUUAUAUUUUUGGAUAAACAUUUAAAGUAUGGUCAUUCGCGUCGUCCAAAGUGUUGUAAUCUCCAUGACAAAGUGAUUUAUAUUGAUUGUAGAUAUAGAUUUGUGAUUUUAGUAAGUGAUUGUAAAUAAACCAAAAAUCAAGUUACAUAAAA